CUUUUGUCCUCUCUCUCUGUUUUUCUAAUUUUUCUUUUCCUUUCUUCGUCACUCGAAUCCGCCCGUCGUUGUUUUGUUUCCGCCAUCUCUCUCACCUUUCCGAAUCGAUAUGAUUUACACAGCAAUCGACAAUUUCUACUUACCAGAGGAGCAGAUAAAGAACUCACCUUCCAGGAAAGAUGGGAUCGACGAAACAACCGAGACCACACUUAGGAUCUAUGGAUGUGAUCUCAUCCAGGAAGCAGGAAUCUUGCUCAGACUACCACAGGCAGUUAUGGCUACUGGGCAGGUUCUUUUCCACCGAUUCUAUUGCAAGAAGUCUCUUGCCAAAUUUGAUGUUAAGAUAGUUGCUGCGAGUUGUGUUUGGCUUGCAUCAAAGCUGGAAGAAAACCCUAAGAAAGCGAGGCAGGUUAUCAUUGUAUUCCACAGGAUGGAGUGCCGUAGGGAGAACUUACCAAUAGAGCAUCUUGAUUUGUUUUCCAAGAAGUAUUCUGAGUUGAAAGUUGAACUAAGCAGAACUGAGAGACAUAUACUGAAAGAGAUGGGUUUUGUUUGUCAUGUUGAACAUCCUCAUAAGUUCAUUUCAAACUACCUUGCCACACUUGAAACACCUCCAGAACUGAGGCAAGAAGCUUGGAACUUGGCAAAUGAUAGUCUACGUACAACCCUUUGUGUAAGGUUCAGAAGCGAGGUUGUGGCUUGUGGGGUCGUGUAUGCUGCUGCACGUAGGUUUCAAGUACCUCUCCCAGAGAAUCCACCCUGGUGGAAGGCAUUUGAUGCAGAUAAAUCUGGUAUUGGUCAAGUGUGUCGAGUUCUUGCUCAUCUAUACAGUCUUCCAAAGGCUCAGUAUAUCUCAGUUUGCAAGGAUGGGAAGCCAUUUACGUUUUCCAGUAGAUCCGCUAGUUCUCAAGCUCAAUCAGCGACAAAGGAUAUUUCACCGGCAGUUGGCGAUGCUGUUGAUACCAAGGGUACUUGCGGAUCAGCUAAUAACGAUUCUAGAGAUGGAAAGACUACUACACCUCAUGAAAUGGCUACAGAUGCGAAGAAGAGCGAUACUGAGUCAAACAGUCUACCAAUUGUUGGAGACUCGAGGGAGGAUAGAAGGAAAGGAGGAGAGAGUGAUAGAGAGAAUGAACGAGGUAGAGAGAGGGACAGGGUUAGUAGGUCUCACAGAGACAGAGGCAGAGAUUCUGACAAGGAGAGUGAUAGGGACAGAGAUAAACUAAAAGAGCAUAGUCAUCAUCGGUCGAGAGAUAGACUGAAGGAUUCAAGUGAUAGAUCAAGACAUCACUCUUCUCGUGAUCGUGACUAUCGGGAAUCUUCGCACUCAUCAAAAGACCGCCGUAGUAGGCACCAUUAAGUCAAUCUUCUUUCACUUAAGCUUUCUCAUCCUUUCGGACAAGCCCCUUUAACUCUCUCUACUUGAUGUUUAUUUCCUCUUUUUAUAUCUAUUAACAAAAGAUAUUUAAUAUUACUUAAACCUCAUAAUAUUAGAUAUACGUUUUUAAUAAGUAAAAAAGAGUAUU